GUUCAUUUGCAGAAUAGUAAGGAAGUAGGAUUCUGCGGAGGGUCUAUUGUCAAUGAAAAAUGGAUCGUAACAGCAGCGCACUGCAUUGAGCCUGGCGCACAGAUUACUGUCGUGGCAGGGGAACACAACACGGAAGUCAAUGACGGUACCGAGCAAUAUCGCCAAGUGGUGAACAUCUUUCCUCAUCCCACCUAUAAUGCCAGCCAAAACAAGCACCAUAAUGACAUAGCACUGCUAGAGCUUGGGACCCCGCUGGAGAUCAACAGCUACGUCACCCCCAUUUGCAUCGCCAGCAAGGAAUUCACCAACAGCCUCCUCAAACAUGGAACUGGCACCGUGAGUGGCUGGGGGAGCCAGCUGUUCCGGGGAAGGGUGGCCACAGUCCUACAGGUUCUGAAAGUCCCAUUCGUUGACCGUGCAACGUGCAUGAGAAGCAGCAGGUUUUCUAUCUUACAGAAUAUGUUCUGUGCGGGUUACCAUUCAGAGGCUAAAGAUACGUGUGAAGGGGACAGCGGGGGCCCUCAUACCACAGAAAUAGAAGGUACCUGGUUUCUAACUGGAAUAACCAGCUGGGGGGAAGAGUGUGCGUUGGAGGGCAAAUAUGGUAUCUACACCAGAGUAUCAAAGUACGUCAGAUGGAUAAAAGAUAAAACAAGAGGCUAAUCAACAUAGAGCUAAACCUUUCUAUUGCUUUUCUGUGGAUUGCCUGAUUAGGAGAUGUUGGCAAGUGUAAAAAAACCCUAAUUUGUUUUUCUUAAAAUGUUGCAUUUUAAUAAACAAUUUUAAUAGAAUCAA